AUGAGGGAGAUCACAAAAGUUAACUGCGUGACACUACAAUCUUUGGGCGAUCAAAUGAAGACCAAGAAUUUCUACAUGAUCCUAGUCUUUGUGACUGUGUCCGUGGUGGCCUUAUGGGUUCUCUCAUCUCCAACACCAAAUUUGCAGACAAUGGUACAGAAGACUCACUCAGGCCUCAAACGAGCCUCCAGCAUCCAGCUUAAAGAGCAAGUUUUGACUGUCGACCCGAUGUACCUGAGACAGCUAGGGCUCAUAGCAAGCCGCAGUACAACAGACGCAAGUGUGAAUGCCCUGGCAAAUAAAGAUAAAUAUAAUGAAAACCUGGAAGCAAUCAUCCUUCCCAGCCCCAAGACCACAUUAGGACCCCCGGUAAUUGCCAGUGGGGUUAGACCGAACCACUUUGAGGAAGCAGUUGUGUUGAUGAAGUCUGUACAUUCAUUGCUGCCUGGAUACAGACUUGUCAUGUAUGACCUGGGACUGUCAGCCACAGAACAAAUGCUGCUUGCCAAAUACUGCAACACAACCUGGAACUGUGAGACGCUUUUGUUUCAGUUUUACUUGUACCCAACCCAUGUCAGAUACUUAAACAUUUGGAGCUACCGACCAAUUUGUAUUCAGGAGAUGUUGAACAAGUAUGGCGCAGUCAUCUGGGUCGAUGAUGGUUACUAUUUUAUAAAUGGCAGUCUCAGCUUGACUCUGACAAAUGCCAGGAAAUCUGGCAUUCAGGGCUGGGCUAUAAAAGAACCAACAUCGUCUAUCACACAUCCCAAAAUGUUCCAAUUCUUCAGUGUGGAUCAGGGUUCUUAUUUCUUUCAGCAUGCUGUUGAGUCAUCUCACCUUGUGAUCUACAAUUCAGAGAAGAUUUCCAAACAAGUGAUGCUACCAUGGGUGAAAUGUGCACUGCUGGAAGAAUGUAUAAGCCCAACUGGUGCUCAGAACACUGGCUGCAACUACUUCAGACGACCCCUGUACAAAUAUACAGGUUGUCAUCGUUACGAUAUGUCAGCCUUGAACAUUAUUUUAGGCAAGACUUUUGGCUUUGAAGAGGAACCCUACACCAGUAUAGAGAGAGUGUUUGCUAGUUUGUUAGGUGAUCAGCUAAAGGCAGAGAACAAAUCUAGACCUGCUUGA